AUGGAGGGAAUGCUCAACUACUUUGUGCCGGAGGACGGCGACACCUCCGACCACCUCAAUGUCGUGCCGCUUCCGCGCGUGGACCAGCUGCAGCUGCAGCAUGUGAAGAGCAGCUUCCCACUGCCGGGCGAGUUCCACUUUCGUUUCAAAAUGGCGUUUGAGGGAACAUACGUGUGGCUGGACGUGGUGAACGACACGGACGCCGUGCCGGAUUUCAAUGGACUCGUCAUUUGCAAGAUCUCGCGCGUUCAGACAGAGAGCAAUGUGUGUGAUGUCGAGCAGAAGGACGUGGUGAAGGCCCAGGUGGAAGCGUCCGACCUCAUUGAGACGCUGGAAGUCCCGCUGUCGCCCACCAAGCGAGAAGAGCCUCAAAGGGCACAGAAGACGUUCAACAACGACCUGGUGGGGCUGAUGUCGGACCCUGUGCCUCCGUCGACGUCGCAGACUGUGGCAGCCCAGUCGCCUGUUCUUUCGCAGGCUGGUGCCGCUCCUCCUCCGACCGUGCGCGACCCGUUUGAUGUCUUUGCAGGCCACAACACAGCUCCCAUGCGUCCCACGCCUAUCUCGGCGACAAUGGCAAGCAACGGACCCCGAGGGUUGUCGCCAAAGACGACGGGAACUCAUAGCGGAGCGUACGUAGCUCAAGGCGGGUUCAAUGCUAUAAGCGCUGGAGCUCCGCCGUUGAUGACGCCUCAAGUUCCAAGCAGCUUGAACAUUAGUCAGAUGCACAUGGGCAUGGGUCAGCCGCAGGGAGGGAUGCAGCAGCAGAAUAGCUUCCAGGGUCUGCAAUGGCAGGGUAUGGGACAGCAGCAGCAGCAGCAGCAGCCACAGCGACAACGGAACCCCAACAGUAGACAAUGGUGA